CCCCGGCUGGCCGACAUCGCAAGUCAUGGAAUGCGACAGCGGAUGGGUGUACGACAAAAGUCAAUACAAAUCGUCCAUAAUAACGGAUAGUUGGACGAUGGUGGAUACUUAUGGUAUUGAUGUUAGUCCGGCUAAUCACGGGGAUAGCUAUAGCAUUCUCACCCAACUGGUGGGUCUUCACUGUCCUGCGGUUCUUCCAGGGGUACGCUGCUAUCUCUCUUUAUAUCAUCGCCUUCAUUGUAGGAACCGAGUUUGUCGGGCCAUCGAAACGUAACGUCACCGGCAUUAUCUUCGUCAUCCCUUUUGCUCUCGGCAACGUUUGCCUCGCGGGCAUCGCCUACUUCGUACCAUACUGGAGGACUUUAGAACUAAUUUGCGUUUCCCCGGCACUUAUCUACAUUGGCUUGAUGUUCUUUCUUCCGGAAUCAGUGCGUUGGCAAAUAUCGAUGGGAAAGUAUGACGAGGCUGAGAAGGCUCUAGUGAAGAUUGCCAACUCGAACAACAAGCCCCUUUCAAGUCCAUUUUUCAGCAGUGAUUUCAAGAAGGAACAAAAGACCGCACCAAAGGAGAGACGAGCUACAGGAAUUGAUUUAUUCCGCCAGCCUCGAAUGAGACUACGAACCAUCAAUCUUAUCUUUACCUGGAUGGUGAAUGCAACGGUGUACCACGGUCUAUCACUAAACACCUCAAACCUCGGUGUCAACGACUACGUCGCCUUCGCAGUGUCAGGAGCCGUUGAGAUCCCCGCUUACCUUCUUGCUGUGGUCGCUGUAGAGAUCAAGUUUAUUGGACGAAGGAUUAGUCUUAGCAUGAGCAUGUUGGUCGGCGGCGUCGCUUGCCUCUUUACAACCUUCAUACCACCCGGAGCAGCACUUACAUCAGUUGCAAUGAUUGGUAAAUUUGGAAUUUCGGCAUCUUUUGCCAUCCUGUAUCUCUACACCGCGGAGCUGUACCCAACCAAUAUCAGGAGCGUGGCCAUGGGAACCUGCUCGAUGUUUGCACGUGUCGCCGGCAUCUUGGCGCCCCUUAUACUCACACUGGCCAGGAUUUGGACUCCACUACCCCUCGUCAUCUACGGGUCCGUCUCAGUGAUCGCUGGCCUCCUGACUCUCUUCCUCCCCGAAACAUUAGGCCAGAAGCUCCCCGAAACGAUCGAAGAAGGCGAAAAUUAUGGAAUGGAAUCUGACGAGAAGAACACCCUUUCCGGUAAAGAUGGCGUCUACAUUCGCUGCCAGGAUGAUGAAGAGGUCACCAUCAUAGAUUAAUUUAAUUCUUUAUUUAAUUUUCAAGAUGAGAAUGACCUCGGCAAACGGGAGAAUGACGUGCGAGACGAUCUACCUGAAUAACCCUAGAAAAAGUACUUUUGCCAAAAAGCGUUGUACAAAACGAUAAAUCGGAAUGAAGAAGUACUGUAAACAUUUAGCAAACACAUUCGAUAAUUAAACGUAAUGGGAAUGUCAAUAUCAUAUUGUGCGUCCAACAUAUAUCAUGUUUUGGGUGAUGUGAUACGUUAUUGUCAUGUUGGCUGCAAUGUUUACACAUUUUGAAUAAAUGACGGAGGAGCUUAUCAAAAUUGCUCAUAAACAGUUGU